AUGCUGUGCUAUGUGACGAGGCCGGACGCGGUGCUGAUGGAGGUGGAGGUGGAAGCGAAAGCAAACGGCGAGGACUGCCUCAACCAGGUGUGCAGGCGGUUGGGAAUUAUAGAAGUGGAUUAUUUUGGACUGCAGUUUACGGGUAGCAAAGGUGAAAGUUUAUGGCUAAAUCUGAGAAACCGGAUCUCCCAGCAGAUGGAUGGGCUAGCCCCGUACCGGCUUAAACUGAGAGUCAAGUUCUUCGUGGAGCCUCAUCUCAUCUUACAGGAGCAGACUCGGCACAUCUUUUUCUUACACAUCAAGGAGGCCCUCCUGGCCGGCCAUCUCCAAUGCUCCCCCGAGCAGGCGGUGGAGCUCAGUGCCCUCCUGGCCCAGACCAAGUUUGGAGACUACAACCAGAACACCGCCAAGUACAGCUACGAGGAGCUGUGUGCCAAGGAGCUCUCCAGCGCAGCCUUGAACAGCAUCGUCGCAAAGCAUAAGGAGCUGGAGGGGACCAGCCAGGCCUCGGCGGAAUACCAGGUCUUGCAGAUCGUGUCGGUGAUGGAAAACUACGGCAUCGAAUGGCACUCUGUGAGGGACAGCGAAGGGCAGAAGCUCCUCAUUGGGGUUGGACCUGAAGGAAUCUCAAUUUGUAAAGAUGACUUUACCCCAAUUAACAGGAUAGCGUACCCCGUGGUGCAGAUGGCCACCCAGUCGGGAAAGAAUGUGUACUUGACAGUCACCAAGGAGUCUGGGAACAGCAUCGUGCUCCUGUUUAAGAUGAUCAGCACCAGGGCUGCCAGCGGGCUCUACCGAGCAAUCACAGAGACGCAUGCUUUCUACAGGUGUGACACGGUGACCAGCGCCGUCAUGAUGCAGUACAGUCGAGACCUGAAGGGCCACUUGGCAUCUCUGUUCCUGAAUGAGAACAUAAAUCUCGGCAAGAAGUAUGUCUUCGACAUUAAGAGAACAUCGAAGGAGGUGUAUGACCACGCCCGGAGGGCACUGUACAACGCCGGCGUGGUGGACCUGGUCUCCAGGAGCGAGCACAGCCCCCCCAGCUCGCCCCUGAAGGCCUCGGAGAGCAGCAUGAACUGCAGCAGCUGCGAGGGCCUCAGCUGCCAGCAGAGCCGGGUGCUGCAGGAGAAGCUGCGCAAGCUGAAGGAGGCCAUGCUGUGCAUGCUGUGCUGCGAGGAGGAGAUCAACUCCGCCUUCUGCCCCUGCGGCCACACUGUGUGCUGCGAGAGCUGCGCAGCCCAGCUCCAGUCCUGUCCUGUCUGCAGGUCGCGGGUAGAACAUGUACAGCACGUCUACCUUCCAACUCACACCAGUCUCCUCAACCUCACGCUCAUCUGA